AGAAUCAGGAAAGGGGUGGGGAUUUCAUGUACCGAAUGAGUCCCGCAAUGCCCAGUGAGGAAAGCUACCUAGAGUCACAUCGUGGUUAUCAGUGUAUGUGGUGGUUUCAACACAUGUAGAAUAUCAAUUUUCCUUCGAAUUCAAGCAUGAUUUUUGGAAUUGAAAUAACAUCGACGCUGUGCUACCUGGCAGUAGGUGCCACUAUCACUGGAGCGUUUGUUCUUCUCAUUGUUCUCCAACUCUAUAUCUACCUGACAACAGGUGUCUGUAGGAGCACGAAAAAAAUGAACGGUAAAACUGUAAUCGUAACCGGAUGCACCUCGGGUAUCGGCCUAGAAACAGCUAAGGACCUGGUGAAGAGAGGAGCUAGAGUUAUUAUGGCAUGCAGAAACGUCGAAGCGGCAUCAAAAUUGAAGGAUGAAUUCGCCAGUGAGACUGGUAACAACAAUAUUAUCGUACGGAAACUGGAUCUGUCAUCCUUGAAGUCAGUACGGGAAUUUGCUGGAGUUAUUAAUCGUGAGGAGAGACGAUUGGACGUGUUAAUUCAUAAUGCUGGUACCGCUGAGGUAUUCAGAAAGAAAUUAACGGAGGAUGGAUUGGAAGCGACGAUGGCUACUAAUCAGUACGGACCAUUUCUGCUGACCCAUCUGCUUAUAGAUUUAAUGAAGCGUUCAGCUCCCAGCAGAAUCGUCAUCGUUGCCUCAUCUCUGUACCGCUUGGCUUCACUGAAUCUUGAAAAUCUCAAUCCAACGGGCUCGUUCCCCGCGUACCUCUACUACGUAUCGAAGUACGCAAACAUCGUCUGGAGUCUCGAGCUCGCCAAGAGAUUAGAAGGUACAGGGGUCACCGUCAACUGCCUCCAUCCUGGUCUCAUCGACAGUGGGAUCUGGAAGAAUGUGCCAGCGCCAUUCUCCUGGGGAAUGCAGCUGAUCAUCAAGGGGUUCUUCAAGUCCCCAGAGCAGGGGGCCCAAACUUCUAUACAUCUUGCUGCUUCCGAUGACGUCAAUGGAGUCACUGGCAAGUACUUCUCAGACUGUUGUGAAGCCCAGUUGAUUGAUGCCGUCAAGGACCCGGCGAAGGGAAAAAAAUUCUGGGAACUCAGCGAAAAUAUCGUCAAAUUGCAACCGUCAGACCCCAAAAUAUGAAGAAUUUGGGAUUGUUCUUGUUUUUGAAAAAAUACUUGUUCCUUGUAGCUGUUAUGAGUGAUUUUUGAGUUUAUCGGCUGCGUAGUGAUGGUUUUUGAGAUCAUUGCGAGCAAAAUGUGAUAUUUUAUGGAUUUUUCAAUUCUUUCAUUUGAUAUUUUAUGUAAAACUAAAUUUUUUAAAACUAUUUUUCGUUCUUUUUGGUUUUAGAAGAGAUUCAUACGGUGAUUGCUUACAUUUUCAAACGCGCAAUCAAGAAAUCGAUGAGUGUUUAUAUUUUUAAAAGUAAAUUAUGAGCGUCAAUUAAUGUGAGUAAAUUUUUAUAAAAAGUUGGAAAAAAAAUCGAUAAUGUACGGAAAAAAUACAUUUAUUAGAAUUUUCGAAAAA